CUGCAGAAAAUAAUUUGAGGAGAAGAUUUCUUAUGUUGAAAAAUAAUUAAUUGAAGCUGCCGUGUCACCUUUCCAGGAUUCUACAAAUAACUGCUAACUACCAGACUAAAUAAAUCAAACAUGAAGAAAAGUGCACUUUUUUCUUUAAAUCUAGACAAUACUAUAGAAAAGUAAGGGUAAUGGUGAUACAGAAAACAUGAUAUAUUAGAAAAACAAAAGGUAUUUGAAUAUGUUAGGCAUGAAACUUCAUCUUAGACAUAGUAUUAACAUGUGAAACAUUUACAUUAGAUGGAAUUGAAAAUAAAAAUUAAUGUUUGAAGUGAGAAAUUGGUUAAAUGAACUUUCGUUCUGUCAUCUAUCAUAUGAGCUGUAGAGGCACAUAGACUUAAAAUAUAGAUAUUACUUAUUGUGAUGAUUUUAAUUUAGUGUUGUUACAAUAAACAAUUAUGCAUACCAUUCAGAUUCUAUAAACACCCUAAUCAAAUUAGAAUUAUUACAAAGAAAAAAAUCUUGGGUCAUUUUUAAUAUUAGGCUCCUAAUAUCUACUCUGAGCAUCCUUCCCACUGAUGUACUAAUGCUAAGCAAACUUUAGUAUCCUGAGAAACAUUAGGCUAAAGAUAGCUCAGUAAAGAAAUGCCAUAGGAAAAGAUUCAUGUAAAAUUUGAUUAUUGUUUUGUAAAUGGGUGCCUUCACUUGCUGAAACAAUGGCAGGGAGUCUCAGGGAAGGGAGCGAGUGGAGCUGUGUUGCUGCUAAGAUGCCCUGGGAGCACAGGGAGCACCCCCAGCUCUGCAUCUCUCCUGGAGGGUUUGUCACAUUUGCACACAAAAGGUCAUCAGACAGACCCAAGGGCAACAACACUUGCUAGUAGAAAAUGCUCAUUGAUUCCCCUGUUGCCCCUAAGUUACCUGAGGAAGAGCGGGAUGGGGAGGAAGGUGCUUCUCUCCUACCUUAAAAGUAUGGUGGUUGUAGCAAAGACAAGCUGGCCCUGAAAGACAAAUCAAUUCACUUGAGACAGCAAGAGGUUCAUGACCCCCUUGCAAAAGGGCAAUGGCUUCUGGCGGCAGCCUGUAUGGAAACAUGGUGGGUAGAGGAGGAGCGGCAGCAACCAGAGUAUCACUUCCUCCCCAUCAGCUGCCUUGCUUGGUUUUCUCCAUCCUUCCCCUUUGUCUGUCUGUCCCUGCACCACCCUUUCCUUCUUCUCUGCUAGCCUGAGGACACGGAGAGCAGCUGCCCUGGUGCUCCCGGGGAGGAGGAGGCCCUGCAGGAGGGCCCUGUGGCCCUGCUGGGGGGCUGCAAACCAUCUCCGUCGUGGCCAUCGCCCCCACCUCCAGCCCUCCCUCCCUCCUCAGCAGCAGAAAAUGAACUGGGUUGGUGGCAGUCGGAGCAGAAUCAUAUUAAAGCAGGAAAGGAGAAAACAAAAGGAAUACUUUGAAAAAAAGAAACUUAAAUCAAAAAUGAAGCUUCUGGAAGUAUCAUCUCCUAAAAGUUCAGCAGUCAGUUUAGAUCUUCUUAAUCUCUAUGUGGUUAACCAGAUAUCAACCAAAAAAGACAACACCGAGAAUGUGAGGAAGCCAGUCCACGUGGAUAUCAUUGAAGAUGCAAAAAAACUUCCUGGGAGACACAACUUAGAGCUUCCCACGUCACCACUACAUACACAACAUAAGUCAAACCUAGAUGAUCUCCAGAACAGGUUACAAAAGCAAGUACUGGACAGCAGAAGGCAGCAUCUCUCAGAGGAAGUAAAAUACCAGCAUAAUGGUUUUCAGUCCUCUAACUGUACACAGCUUCCAGAAGAAAAGUUCAACACAAACCUAAUGGGCGACAUUUGCGAACAGACCUAUGAAGAGAAGCUGCAAAAGCAGCCAGGAAAUAGUCUCGAUCAAGACUCUUGGAAUACCAAACCUCCAAGCCAGUGCAUUUUCAGGAAGUCUGAUACAGUGCUUCAGGAACUGUUUGAACCAUUUCAUAGGCUAGACCCUAUGAAUUCUGCCAGGAAAAAUCCAGUCAUAAUGACCAGUAACGAAUCAGAAAACUGUGAGGGAAUAAAAGCACCGGUAUUUGAUUUUGUGAAAGAAACUGCAGAACUGAAAGCUCCCCAAGUUGGAAGUGGUUGUUCCUUUCUGGCACUGUUUGAAGAUGAGAGCCAACCAAUCCAUAAUAAUCCUUCCACAAAGCAUUUUAAUCUUUUUGUUAACCAAAGCAGUACUGACAUUUUUUUCAUCCAUUCUGAUGUUAGAAAUCAAAUGACUGACAGAAAUUAUCCUUACAACACUAGAAAGGCUUAUCCUGCAAUCAAUCAAAAAAAAAGUUCUGUAGACAGACACCUUGAAGGCAUUUUCACAACUCCAGAACUCGUUUUCCUUAAACGUAACAAUGACUCAAGUGCAAGCUACAAGGAAACCAGUGGACUUCAUAAAACCGACCUGCAGAACUUUAAUGAGGGACAGCACUACUUCAUACCCUGUGAAAAGAAAGAAAAACAUGGAAACUUUGAAAAAAUUGAGACAUUUGCUUAUCACCAUGAUCAGCAGAUUAACUUAAAGGAGAAUGUGCAGAAUUAUUCAAGAAAAGAAAGGGAUGAUGAGUCCAUGAAAGAAACAGCCUGGAGACAGAACCAGCUUUUUGGAUUUGAAGAGUUUACAAUAGCACGAGAGAAAGAGUCUAAAUUUGGAGCAAGUUCAAAUCUUCAUGAGAUGGAGAAAAAUAUGGAGUCACCACUCAGCCAGUCUUACAGUUACUCUCCAAGGCAGACCGAGAGCUAUUUGAGCUGUAGUCCUGACACAUGCGAAGAGGAAGACACAGCCAAAAAAACAGAAUAUCUGAAUGAGCAGUCCUUGAAGACACAUGAUGCCAACCUCUCAGCAAGCAGAGAGGCCCCCAAGAGCUUCCACACCAGAACUGUGCCUCUCCAGCCCAGCAGUAGUUUGGCUAGAGCAGAAGCAAACAUUCUUCAGGAUAAAGGCUUAAUUUUUUGCGCCAUAGAGGACGAAAAUAAAAACCACGCUGCCCCAUCCGAAGGCAGCUCAUCACACCGAGCCCUUAAGAGAGAGCACGUCACUCGCAGCACCAGGUGUGAUGUUUGGUCGCAGACUGAGCGCUCUGUGACAGAAGUAGAGAAGGCGGAUGUGGCCACCCAGUGUGGCAGCCUGCGGGUGUGCAACUGUGGGGGCUCCCUGCCCGCUGCCCGCAGCCCAGUCGGGGUCCCUCCUCCCCGCACCGCCGGCACCGCGGGAGAAGACGAACUGCCAGUGCAGGAGAUACCGCAGCCCGCGGGCGCCGGCAGCGCCGUCGGGACUGCUGCCCUUCCUUCUGAAGCCGAGUACCUGAGUUUGGCUGGCAAAAGGACUCUGGAGGUGCUGAACUACAUUGAUAAAAUGAAGGAGAGAGAUAAGCAGUGACCAACUAGAAUGGCAUGGGAGGAACAGAGAAGUUUUGUUCUGUUCUCAGUGUGUUUCAUUCACUUGGCAUGUUUUGAUUUUUCUAGCCUGGUUGGACAAAAAAUAUUUUUGCUGUUUGUUUGCUUCAAACUAUUAAUACCUAUGGAUUUCUGACUAACUACUGCUAUCUCUAAAUAUGGGUUUCUAUAAAUAUCCAACUGUUAAUACAUGAUUUUACAAUACCCUAGUAAAUAUAAGCAUUAGGAAUUAGAUUGGCUUUCUCACCAUAUAUCCAUAGGAUUCUGUAGUUUGAGAUUGACUUUGCUUCUUUUAACGUAGUAGAAAGAUGCUGUUUCACUUCAAAACAUUUUUGAUGUGGGUCUUAGUUCAGAGCUAUUGUUCUGGUUCUUAUCCAUUUUAACAGACAAACUCGCCUUUUCUGUGUUCAUACUAAAUACAAAAAUGGAAAACAACAGAAAAUGUACAUCUGCACACAUAGAAUAGAAUGUAAUUUAAAAAGAACUAAUUUAUUAUUUUUUAAAAAAGCUGAGUUUUCCUUCCACAGCAGAUUUAUUGAUACACUCUCUGGCUGUUAAUACUAACAAAUCUUUCAUGUGUUUCUGUAUUCUGUCUGCAAAUUAAAAAUUUGAACUACUUUCCUCUUCACGUCCGUAUUUAUGUGAAGUCACAAAUCACAACAAAAUAAAAGUUUCUGAUAAUAUUG